CCUCUGUGAAGUGUCCCAUCCCCCAGACGACGACAUCCUCCUCCUGCUGUGGUUUAGAGACCACCUCACCACGCCCAUCUACAGGUUGGACGAGCGGUGGCUGGGUCGUGGGAAGGAGAGGCAUUGGUCAGAAGAGCAGCAGCUGGGCAGGAGGGCGGUACUGCAGCUGACCUCGUCCCCAGCGGUGCUUCAGGUGUCCUCCCUCACCAGGGCUGACCAGGGCCUCUACACCUGCCGAGUUGACUUCAUGUACCACCCUACCAAGACUACCAGAGUCAACCUCACUGUUGUUGUACCCCCGAAGCGCGUGAGUGUGGUGAUGGGAGGACACAAGACCGCCCCCCGCAGCAGGUCGAGCAGUGUGGUGGGUCCUUACCUGGAGGGCGACACACCCAAGCUCACCUGUGUUGCUUAUGGAGGAAACCCGCGUCCUUCGGUGGUCUGGUUCGAAGGCAAAUACCUCCUUGACAGCUUCAUGGAGUCGGAGGUUUCGGAAAACUCAAUAAAAACUUUAGAUGAAUUGGAGGCGACAACACUCGGUCCGGGGCCCCUGACACUACAACCAGCCUACGGAGGAGAUCCUUUUAAUAUGCUCACUCUUGGGCCCCCGACACCAAGACCUGCCUUUGAAGGGAACCUCUAUAAUACGCUCAUGCCGGGGCGCCCGACGCCAAAGCCAGCCUUUGGAGGGGAGCCGUACAAUACGCUCACUCUAGGACCUCUCAGUCGCAGCCACUUAAACCUGCAACUUACGUGUGAAGCUUCAAAUAAUAAUAUUACCAAGCCCACCACCCUCAUGGUCAUCGUGGAAAUGAAUUUGCCCCCCUUGAGUGUGGAAAUCCUCCCCCCGGAAUCAAAAUCUCCCCUAAUGGCGGGUUUGCAGUACAAGGUGGAGUGUGUGGUGGUGGGGGCUCAACCUCCUCCCAGAGUGUCUUGGUGGGGAGGAUAUGAAAGACUACUCCAAACUACCAAGGCCUCCGUCGACGCUAAAGAGAAUUCGGCGCACGGGAACGUGACUACCAACAGGCUAAUCUUUACCCCACGACCUGAGGACAAUGGUUCGAGCCUCCGGUGCAUAGCUGAGAGCCGAGACCCUCCCGUCACCCUAGAGGACUCCUGGCCCCUCUCCGUUCACUACGUGCCGACAGCGAGGUGCAGCUACGGAGCGUCACUGGACUCCACCAACAUCAAGGAGGGAGACGACGUGUACUUUGAGUGUUAUAUUGAAGCAAACCCACCUGUGACGCGGGUCUCUUGGCGGCACAACGACGUGGCGCUGGUGCACAACGUGUCAGCUGGGGUGAUCGUCAGUAACCAGAGCUUGGUGCUACAGCAGGUGGUGAGAGCACAGGCGGGUCGCUACUCCUGCCUCGCUCACAACCCCGUCGGUGAUGGCGCCUCUAACUCUUUGAGACUCGACGUGAAGUACGCCCCUGUGUGCUCGCCAGGGCAGGUCACCACCUACGCCGUGGGUCGCUACGAGGACGCCGAGGUGACCUGCUCCGUGGAGGCCAACCCCUUGCAGGAGUCCUUCCAGUGGACGUUCAACAACACGGCGGACACCAUUGACGUGCCACAGGGGCGGUUCAGUUCGUCCAGCAGCCACAGUGUCAUCACCUACACGCCCAUGACCGCCCUGGACUACGGCACACUGCUCUGCUGGGCAGCUAAUGAGAUAGGAUCACAGCGGGAACCUUGUGUGUUCCAUAUUGUACCCGCAGGUGAGGCGUAAUUAUAAAACUACAGGUAACUACACUUAAACAGUGAGUACUGUAUCCUUCUUUGUAAGGGGGACAAGCUUGGUGUUUCCUUUUUCCUUCUAUAUCAUCAAAUAACUGUCAUAUUAUUUCUUUGACAAAUAAGAUGGUUAUUUUACACGCUCAGAUAGGACUGGACCCUUAGGUCUUAUUUUUAUAAGUAGCAAAAUAGAUCUUCAAUUCUUGGUUACAACAUUAAACAAUCAUUAUAUUAUUUCGUUGUCAAUACAAAUGGUUAUUUGACACACUUGACAAUAUCCCAAAUUAACAUAUCUAUAACAUCAUGUUAUUUCGGAACGAACAACAUGGCACUUUUACUAGAACUCAGUUGGUAGUACAUAUGAAUGGUGUACUCACAACCCACAUAACAAACGUUAUAACUGGUAAUAUCAAUAUUUAUGGGUUCACUACUCAACAUGGGAUAACUAUAUUUCUGCUAGUUAUCCCCAAUCAGGUACAACAAUAAUAGGUAGGACUCAGUUGGUAGUACAUAUGAAUGAUGUACUCACAACACACAUAACAAAUGUUAUUAUUGGCAAUAUCAAUAUUUAUGGGUUUACUAUUCAACAUGGUAUAACUAGAUUUCUGCUAGUUAUCCCCAAUCAGGUACAACAAUAAUACUUUGGCCCAUGUAACUGUAAGGGGAUGCACCAGGGUGUCACGCUGGUAUCA